GCUGAUAAUCUCGAUCUUGAAACCAGCAAAACUAAUCAGCAUUAUAUAUAUUUGUCGCGCAUCAAUUAUGACUUUUUACUUCCUUCUUUGACAUCUUUUUUUAUAUAUAACUUCUAUUCUGUUUCCCUUUUCCCUGUAUAUAUAUACUUCUCUUCUAUAAUAUGACUGAUACUGAAGAACGACUCCAAUCAUGGAAGCAACACUUGGCAAACUUGUCGGAUUUGCUUACACCCACCGAUUAUCCAAGACCUUUGCCUGCAAGAACCGUUGAAGAAGUCCAAUCCCACAGGUUCUCUGUGACAUACAAUAGCCAAGAUGGUGAUGCCAAGCCAUUUCACGUUUUUCUAGCUGCCUUUGCUAUUCUUUUGCAACGCUAUACUGGUGAUGAAGAGUUCGCUGUCGGUUCCUCUUCGCCCGACAACAAUACCCUAGUCCUUCGUCUCGAAACAAGCCCAACCAGUACGUUUGAAGAAAUUGUCAAGAUGGUGCAAAGGGUUGAAGCAAAGGCACUAGAAGAAGAGGUUCCUUUUGAAAGAUUGGUCGAGUACAUGGAAGAGGGCACAGAUCCGGACCACCGCCGUCCACUUUUCCGCGUGCGGUUCUAUAAUGAAACGGACGCUCCAACGCAAACCCAAUUGUCUUCCACAUCUACCACGGCUGACUUGACUGUCUUCAUCUCCACGCCUGAAAAUUCGACUGAAACGUCCGUCCGUAUCGUGUACAACCAGAUCUUGUUCUCGCCUCGCCGCAUCCAAUACAUUUUUUCUCAAAUGGAGUCCAUCUUGUUGUCCGCCGUUGGUGCACCAGAAACGCCCGUAGGUCAGAUCGCCUUGUCGGACUACCAGUCAGCUGAUUCCGAAUUGCCUGAUCCUACCUCGGAUCUGCAUUGGUCCCUGUGGCGUGGCGCCAUCCCUGAUAUCUUUGCUGCCAAUGCUGAAAAACAUCCUGAACGUACCUGUAUCAUUGAAUCCUCGGAUGUCCCAACCGAUCCCAAGGUCGUCUACACGUAUCAGCAAAUCCAUCAUGCUUCGAAUUUGGUUGCUCAUUACUUGGUCGAUAACGGUAUCAAGCGCGAGGAUGUUGUCAUGAUUUAUGCGUACCGUGGUGUGGAUUUGGUUGUGGCUAUCAUGGGUGUUUUGAAGGCUGGUGCCACGUUCAGUGUCAUUGACCCUGCUUACCCACCUGCACGUCAAGAAAUCUACUUGCAAGUCGCCAAGCCCAAGGGUUUGGUUGUUAUUCAAGAAGCCGGUAAGAUCGCCGACUCUGUCCGAGAUUAUAUCAAGAAGGAACAGGACAUCGUCUGUGAAAUUCCUACGCUCAAAUUGCACAAGGAUGGCAAGCUGGCUGGUGGUGCUGUAAAUGAUGGCGCUGAUGAUGUCUUGGACUCUGUACGCGACAAGGCAGCGAAGAAUGUGGGUGUGGUGAUCGGCCCUGAUAGCAUUGGUACUCUCAGUUUCACGAGUGGCAGUACCGGCAUUCCCAAGGGUGUACGCGGCCGUCACUUUUCGCUGACCCACUUUUAUCCAUGGAUGGCCGAACAGUUUGGCAUUUCCAGCGAGGACAAGUUCACCAUGCUUUCUGGUAUUGCUCACGAUCCUAUCCAGCGCGAUAUCUUUACGCCCUUAUUCUUUGGUGCCGAAUUACAUGUGCCUACAUCCGAAGACAUAGGUAUUCCAGGCCGACUCGCCGAAUGGAUGAACCGCUCACAGGUCACCAUCACUCACUUGACACCAGCCAUGGGUCAAUUGCUGUCCUCGCACGCUACCAGCGAAAUUCCUACCUUGCGCAACGCAUUCUUUGUCGGUGAUAUUUUGACAAAGCGUGAUGCUGCUCGUAUCCAAAAGUUUGCACCCAACGUGGCGGUGAUCAACAUGUACGGCACCACCGAAACCCAACGAUCCGUCUCGUACUAUAUCGUGCCUGCUCGAUCCAGCCACCCUGCCUUUUUGACUUCGCAAAAGGAAGUCAUUCCUGCUGGCAAAGGUAUGGUCAACGUCCAGCUUUUGGUCGUGAAUCGCCACGACCGUACCAAGAUGUGCGGUGUCGGUGAAAUUGGUGAAAUCUAUGUCCGUGCUCCCGGUCUGUCUGAAGGCUACUUGCGCUUGCCCGAGGCUACGGCGGAAAAGUUCAUUCCCAAUUGGUUUGUGGACCAGCCUAACGGUGAUGAUUGCAAGGAUGAGUCGUUGGUUCAAGGUAGUGAAUGGCGCGAGUUCUGGCAGGGAAAGCGUGAUCGUAUGUAUCGUUCGGGUGAUUUGGGUCGCUACCGUCCUGAUGGUAAUGUCGAGUGCACUGGCCGUGCUGAUGACCAGGUCAAGAUCCGUGGUUUCCGUAUCGAGUUGGGUGAAAUUGAUACCCACUUGUCGCAGCAUCCCAUGAUCCGUGAAAACGUCACCUUGGUCCGUCGUGACAAGAACGAAGAACAGACGUUGGUCGCCUACUUUGUCCCCGUGCAAACGGCCAAUGAUGAAUUUGCCAGUGCUACCGACGAUGCCGAAGACCGCGGAUCUAACGAUAUCCGCUCGCGUCACAGAUACCGUCGCUUGAUCAAGGAUGUUCGUGACUUUUUGAAAAAGAAGCUGCCUACCUAUGCUAUUCCUUCUGUGUUCGUUCCUCUGGUUCGUAUGCCUCUGACGCCCAACGGCAAGACUGACAAGAACGCUCUGCCUUUCCCCGACACGGCUCAGUUCCAGGGUAACCCAGCAGGUGCAGCGGCUGGUGCUUCCUGCCAAGCCAACAAGGACAAGUUGCCCGACAUGAACGAGACUGAACGUCAAAUCCAUGAAAUCUGGCAACAGCUUUUGCCUUCGCCUGACCCUGUCAUUGGUUUGGACGAGAACUUUUUCGACAUUGGUGGCCACUCGCUUAUUGCUACCCGCUUGAUCUUCGAGAUCCGCCAAAAGUUCCAAGUCGAUGCUCCGCUCAACUUGGUGUUUGCCGAACCUACCAUCCGUGGUCUUGCACGCCAAGUGGCCAGGUUGCAAAACAGUGAUUUGUUGUUGCUGGAUACGGACAAGCCUGAGGAAGCAAAAGGACAAGAAGCGCCACAAAAGGAAGUUGUCGAUUAUGCUGCAGAUCUGCCUAAGCUUAGCGAAGAAUUCCUGGAAGCAUCUUAUCAGCCUUUGGCUGCACCUGCCGCUGGCGACAAGCGCACAUUCGUGUUGACCGGUGCCACCGGUUUCUUGGGCGCUUUCAUUCUCGCCAAGUUGCUUGGCUAUGAGAACACUCGCGUUGUCUGCAUUGUUCGUUCCAAGGAUGCCGCUUCUGCCUUUGAACGUGUCAAAAAGGCUGCUGCUGGCCACUUGGUCUGGCAAGACAGCUGGGCUGACCGUAUUGUAGCUGUUUGCGGUGACCUGGGUCAAGACCGUCUUGGUUUGUCUGAAGCCGACUGGAACAAAUGGUCUGCUGAAUCCGAUGCUGUGAUCCACAACGGUGCGCUUGUCCACUGGGUCUAUCCUUACCAGCAACUGCGUGCUGCGAACGUCAUUGGCACAGCGUGGGCUAUGCGUUUAGCAUCGAACCAAAAGUCAAAGUCAUUCCACUUUGUGUCAUCCACGUCGGUGCUGGACACUGCCCAUUACGUCAAUUUGCGCGAAGCCGUGAACGAAACUGACAAUUUGGAAGGCGCUCGUACGGGUCUGGAGAGCGGUUAUGGUCAGUCCAAGUGGGUGGCCGAAAAGCUCAUUCUGGAAGCUCGCAGCCGUGGCAUGCCCGCUACCAUUGUGCGACCGGGUUACAUUUUGGGUGAUAGUAAGAGCGGUGUCACCAAUGCCGACGAUUUCAUCUGGCGUUUGGUCAAGGGCUGUAUCGAGCUUGGAUACAUUCCAUCCAUGUCCAAUGUCGUCAACUGCUGCUCGGUCGAUUAUGUUGCUGCUGUGGUUGGUGCUGCCGCUUACCAUGACAAGGACUCGACCCAGUUGGGCGUUUUGCAAGUAACUCACCCUUCGGACUUUACGUACAACGAUCUAUUCAGCACCUUGGCUACCUAUGGCUAUGUCUGCAAGCAGACCGAGUACAUUGAUUGGCGUAACAAGUUGAUGGAGUUUACCCUCCAGUCGCAGGAUCACUCGCUGUUCCCGCUCUUGCACUUUGUCUUGGAUGAUUUGCCGACUUCGACCAAGAGCGCCCAGCUCAAUGAUAGCCAUACGCAGGCCGUAUUGGCCAAAGAGGGCAUCACUUGUCCACGCAUGGGUGAUGACUUGCUCGGCUUGUAUUACGCAUAUCUUAUCAAGGUUGGAUUCCUUCCAGAACCAAAUGUCAAGGCUCGCGAGUUGCCCAAGUUGGAAGCUGAGGUCACUUUGUUGCAGCGAAGUGGCGCUAAACAUUAAAAACAGCAAACCCAUUUAUAGAUAAUACAGUACACUUCUUUCUUUUGAAAAGUUCCUCUUUCUUAAUGUCCCCUUGUAGAUAAUACACAUAUAUUUCCCUCUCACUAUAAUAAAACUCCACUAUAUUGUGCA